GAGUUCUUUCUUUGCCGCUGUGCUUAUCUUGGGAUUUUUGUUGUUCGUGUGAAAUUGGCUUGAAGCUUUUCAGUCUGUAGAGGUGUGUCUUGUGUCGAUGUAGGUGUGUGUGUCAAGAAAGAAAGAACUGUGUAUGUUUUGUCACUGCUUAGAACUUUUUCUUUUGAUUUUUUUUUUUGGAGUGUCUUUUAGUCAUGCCAUGUCUGUGCAGUGCAGCAACAUGACAGCUAAUUCCGUGGCUCUUUACUGGAUUUAUCAGAGUUUUUAUUUUAUUACUACUGAUUUCUAAUUUGCCUCCAUCAUCAACAAAAAGAGACACAAACUUAAACUCUGUGCUGCAUCCAGCUUUGUCUGUUGGCCCAAAGGCAGACAUUUGCUGGUGUGUAAACAAACCAUCUCUCCUAAACAUUCUGUGGAGACUUAAGCACAAGCGGCGUGCUGCUGCUGUGACGAUCCAGAGGCUCCUUGACUGACGGGUUCCAUCCAGAGGAAGACUCAAAGUGCUGCUGUCAACAUGUGCUAGGAGCGGAACAGUCAACAAUCAAUAUUGGUCAGCUUUGACUCCAGAAGAUGAGCAAUGACGAUGUGUUCUACGACGCCGUCACAGGCAUAGAUUCAGACGAGUCGUAUGAAGGGGUGUCAGAGUCCAUUUACAAAGAUGCACUGGUGUUUGACAGCAGCAGUCGGAGGAACAACGACUCAAAGCUGCAGGAGAAUGGCGUCAGGAAACACAGGACAUCAUUACCUGCCCCCAUGUUUUCCAGAAGCACUGUUAGUGUGUGGAGUAUACUUAAGAAAUGCAUCGGGAUGGAACUCUCCAAGAUCACCAUGCCUGUUGUCUUCAACGAACCUCUCAGCUUCCUGCAGAGAAUCACAGAAUACAUGGAACACACUUACCUCAUCAACAGAGCCUGCUUGCUGUCUGACUCCAUAGAGCGCAUGAAGGCAGUGGCUGCGUUUGCUGUGUCAUCUGUUGCGUCUCAGUGGGAGCGAACUGGAAAACCCUUCAACCCUCUACUGGGAGAGACUUAUGAACUCAUCAGAGAGGAUCAAGGUUUCCGGCUGAUAGCAGAGCAAGUAUCCCAUCAUCCCCCAGUGAGUGCCUUCCACGCCGAAAGCCUGGCUGGAGACUUCGUCUUCCACGGCUCCAUCUACCCUAAACUAAAAUUCUGGGGAAAGAGUGUUGAAGCAGAGCCUAAAGGGACCAUCACACUCGAGAUACUUAAGCACAAUGAGGCAUACACUUGGAGUAACCCUCACUGCUGUGUGCACAACAUCAUCCUGGGGAAAUUAUGGAUAGAGCAGUAUGGAACAGUGGAAAUAGUCAACCAUAGCACUGGAGACAAGUGUGUGUUGAAUUUCAAGCCCUGUGGCAUGUUUGGCAAAGAGCUGCACAGAGUGGAGGGAUACAUCCAGGAUAAGAGUAAAAAGAAGCUUUGUGUUAUCUAUGGGAAGUGGACAGAGUGCAUGUGGAGUAUUGACCCUCAGGCCUACGAGGCCCACAAGAAGUCUGAGAAGAAAGGAGACAACAAGAAGCACAAACAUGAGGAGCCAGUGAGAUCAGACAACGAUGACGCUGAUGACAUGCCAGAGGUCCAAGAGACUGUUUCGGUUGUACCCGGAAGUACUCUGCUGUGGAGGAUAGAUUCUAGACCGGCUCAUUCGGCUCAGAUGUACAACUUCACCAACUUUGCAAUGGCUCUCAAUGAACUGGAGCCAGGAAUGGAGGCCAUGUUGGCGUCCACGGAUUGUCGCUUCAGACCUGACAUCAGAGCCAUGGAAAAUGGCAAAAUGGAAGAAGCCAGUCAGGAGAAGGAGAGAUUGGAGGAGAAACAGCGAGCUUCCAGAAAGGAGAGAGCCAAGAAUGGGGAAGAGUGGUCUACAAGGUGGUUCCAAAUGGGGACCAACCCAUGCACCGGCUCCCAGGACUGGAUCUACUCUGGUGGUUACUUCAAUAGGAACUACAAAGACCUGCCAGAUAUCUACUGAUAGACCGCCUACCUUCACCUUUUUUCUCUUCCACAUCUCUAAAGUUGAGAAACAUCAAUAUUGUAAUCACUUGGAUUGACUCACCAACAACUAAAGUCUUCAUCAUUUAACUUACAAAGAGGCCACCUGUCUCUUAAACCGUGGUCUGCUUCAUGUCUACUUGCUCUUUCCUUCCUUUGUUAAGGAUUUUAUGCCUUACAGGUGUGACUUUGGUCCUUGAAAAACGUGCCCCUCGCUCAUCUUUGCUUAUUUCGGCUUAAUCACAAUGUGUGAACUGUUCUGCAUUGGAAAAACAUCACCACGGCUGUUAGGGAAGCCAACCUGAAGUAAUGUAAGAGAGUCAUGAACAUCUUAGGAAUGUGAGCGCUCCUUCAAGUGUAAACACAAUCACUCAAAAAUGUAACCCGCUGUUGGUUAAAUAUGGCAUAGAGCAUCUCAGGAGGUGUCAAUUAAUAUGCAUUGAAGUUGUGCUGAAUAGAAAUCAGGCAAACUCCAAUGUUUAAUACAGUGGAACCUCCCAAGUGAAUUAAUUCCAUCAUCAUAAAACCUUGCGCCCAGCAAGGCAAUGUUUUAAGUAACAUUUUAACAUUCCUAACUGUCUAACAUGUCUAAAGAACAAUGACUGUACAAUGAAACUAAAAUAAAUUAAAACUUUUUUUUUUUUUAGUUUUUUUUUUUUUUUUUUGGAAGGCUUCUCCUUUUCAUUUGAGGUAUUUAGCCAUUAUGGUUUCAGUGAUAGGCUAUUUACAUGAGCACCUGCUUCAGUAAUUUAAUUUGUGUGUCUAAUUGAAAUGACUGUAAUUUUGUAGCUGAGCAGUAAUACACUAUGGUUUGUUGUGUUGAGCUCUAUUUUCCUAUUUUCGGUUCUGUGGCUAUCACCCUUUUUGGUACCCUAUUGUGGUGGCAUCACAAAAAAAAACAAAAAAAAAACAGAAAAAGCAAAACACACUGGAGGUGUUAAUCCUUUAGAUGCUCAACACUUUAAACAUUUUGAUUGACGCAUAUUUGUCCAGAAAACACAACAACUCUCUCCAAAAAAGUUGACCACUUUUGGGGAUGUUCGACAUUGGAGGUUUGACUGCAUAAAUAAAUAAGUACAUUUGACCGAAUAUUUACAGUGCUACAGUGUCAUAAAGUGAUGAAAUAUGCAGAAUAAUCCUAAAUGAGUGGGUAAUGAUUAUACUAAUCUGUACAGACCCUUAAAGCCUUAUUAAGCACAAUGUGAACCAUUGACAUUGACUGUCAUUGUACAGUGUGCGUGUAAUGUUAACAUGCUAUGUUAAUAGUCUACCUAUACCAAAAGGCCGUUAGGAGCAUCAAUUAUCCAACAUACCACCAGCACACAGUUUAUAUAAUCCAUUCCUUAUGAGUGUUGGUGCAAAUAACAGAAAUCAUGAUUUUUGACGGCUCUCGUGCCGACUCUACAGUAGUAGUACAGAAAACCCAAAAGUUCUCUAUAGCAAGAAUACUUAAACUGCAUUUGUUUCUUUUGUUGCAGCUGACACAUCACUGUUGAAAUUGUGCUGCUUUGGCCACUUAAUUUUGUUGUUUUUCAAAGCACUUAACUACAUGUGUCUUUCACCAGUUACAUCUGCCAACGUUGCUCACUGUAUAUCAUGAUUUCCCAGCCCCAUGUUUUUGUGAGCUUAAAAUACUCCUGUGAAGUAGACAAACACUACUCGAGUGCAUUGUUGAUAUGCAAGUCUGUGUAUUUUGCACUGUUAAAGCGAAACAGAACAAAACGGUACAACAGUCACACAUACAUCAAUACACAUUCCUACUUUUACAAUAGAAAACAGCCGUCAAAGUCAUAUAUUAUUGUUAUUUUCUUUAUAUUUUAAUUUUCAUUCUCUCUCGCUCUAUCAUGUCGCUGUUGAUGUUCUAUUUGUGUACAGAGUGUUACACAGAAAGUAAUCACACGCAAAAUUACAUUUGUGCAAUUGAUUUAUUUUUAUAGUAUUUAAACCUGUUUUUGUUUUUUGGAGAGAACAUUGUACCAGAUGUUUUAUUUUUAGGUGGGGGAUGGUGUAAGCAUACUGUGGACAACUUGGUAGAUUCAAGGACAAGGGAAUGUCUACUAAUAAAAUCCUUAAUUUCA